UAAGAAGACGCUCACACACACACUCUCUCUCUCUCUCUCUCUCUCUACAUAUAUAUACAGUGUAUACACCAUUGCUGUGUGGUAUAUAUAUGCACACAUUAUCACGGGCUCUGAGUAGAAAGCUUCUCACAGCACAGAGCUCUUACACUACUAAUAUUGAUGCCCUCUUUUUUCUCUUCCCUUUUUAUUAUAAUACGUAAAUGUUGAAGAAGAAUUGAAGUUAAUUUUAUGAAUUGUUAUUUCUUGAGAUCUGAAGCACUAGUGUUUGAAGUCAUUUGAUGAAAAAUGAAGUCGAAUACUCGGCUUAGUUCUGCUGUUUUUCAGCUCACUCCAACUCGAACUCGGUGUGACUUGUUUAUCUUAGCAAAUGACAAAAAAGAGAAAAUUGCAUCAGGAUUGCUAAAUCCUUUUCUAGCCCACCUAAAGGUUGCUCAAGACCAGGUUGCUAAGGGUGGUUAUUCAAUUUUACUUGAACCGGAAACUGACGGUGACACAACAUGGUUUACAAAGGCCACUCUGGAAAGGUUUGUUCGAUUUGUGAGCACUCCAGAAAUAUUGGAGCGUGUGCACACCAUAGAAUCUGAGAUCUUACAGCUCGAGGAGGCGAUUGCCUUACAAAGCAGCAAUGAUAAUGGGCACAGCGUUGUAGAAAACCAUGAAGGAAAGCCUUUAGGCAGCUGCGAAGGUAAGAAAUCUUUGCCUGAUGGUGGUGACGAAAAAGCGAUUGUCCUUUACAAGCCUGGGGCACAACCACCUGAAGCAAAUGGGUCAUGCUUGGAGGAGGGGAAUUCUAAGUAUGCACUAGUCCAGCUUUUGAAAGUCCUUGAGGCCCGUAAGGCAGUUCUACGUAAAGAACAAGGCAUGGCCUUUGCACGUGCUGUAGCUGCAGGAUUUGAUAUUGAUCAAAUGGCACCACUUGUGUCAUUUUCUGAAUGCUUUGGAGCCUCACGUUUAUUGGAAGCAUGCUCGAGGUUCAUGCAUCUUUGGAAGAGAAAGCAUGAAAAUGGGCAAUGGCUUGAAAUUGAAGCAGCAGAAGCUACAUCUACUCAGUCGGACUUAUCUGCAAUGAAUACAUCUGGUGUUGUUCUUUCUGGUGUAGCCAACACGUAUAAUGACUCCAAUUGCGAAUUGGCUUCAGAGAAUUAUGGUAAAUCAGGAUCAGACGUUAAUGCAGUAGAUCACUCAGUGCCAACUGGUCAACCAGAAUAUUCUCAAGGACAGUUUCCUCAUAUAAUGUUUCCUCCAUGGCCUGUACAUCCUGCACCUGGUGCCGCACCAGUUUUCCAGGCAUACCCUGUCCAAGGAAUGCCAUACUAUCAGACUUACACUGGGAAUAGCCCUUUAUAUCAGCCACCUCACCCACCCAUGGAGUAUUAUCAUCAAACAGGACAGAUGAGACAUCCAAAUGAUGAUAGGAGUACCAAAACUGAGUCAGAAAUAUGGGAGACGGACAGAACAAGAUCACAGGAUGAUAUGGAGAUUAAUGAGGAAGUUUCACACAGUCGGGAACCACAUAAAAAGGGUGGACGAUUGAGUAAAAAGCAAUCAGGCAUGGUUGUCAUUCGAAACAUUAAUUACAUCACUUCUAAAGCGAAGAAAUCUGAUAGUGAAUCAAUCUCAGCUUCUGAUUCUGAAACAGACACAGGAAAUGAAGAUUUUAAGGCUGGUGAUGACGAUGUAGUACAUAAGAAUAGUUCGAGAUCUUCCAGAAGAAAAGGGAGCUGUCUUAAGUUCACAGAUGAGUCAUAUCUAAAUGAUAAAUCUGCGUUUGUUAGGGAAACAGGUGAUGGAGACUGGCAAGCAUUUCAAAAUUGUUUACUCAGAGGAACUAAUGAAGGUACUCGUACUGCCAAUGAGGGAAUUUUUGCUAUGGAAAAAGAUGUUAAAAUAAAAAGACGAGUAAAUGCUGCAGGCAAUGAUCCGUUGGCUCGUGGUGGACGUGAUCCAGGUGAAAUACAAGACACUAGGAUGAUUGAUAUACACAGAAUCAGUGGAAGUAUGUCUCAACGGACUAGAGGAUCACGUGAUGAGGUUCUAUUCUCGAGAGGGGAUAAUGAUUUUCUUGGACGGGAUGAUGAAAUUAAUAUGCAAUUUACAGAAACAAAUGGGAGGAAGAUUUUAUCUAGGGGAGCAAAUGAUGAUUUUAUAAUAGGCAAUCGAGAAAACCAAUUAAAUUUUGGGAAUUCAUCAGAUCCACUAGCUGUGGAAGGUUUUGAGGGUUCCCUCAAUAAGAUGGAUAGAGAAUUAUCACAUGGUCUGGCUGAUGAAACAUUUAUAGUACCAUUUGGGUCAAUGUCAAUAGAUCAAGUUGGAGUAGGAGAUAGAACUGCUAUUAAUAUGGAUUCUGAGUAUCAAUCAAAGCAUCAAAAGUCGGAUAGCAUUUCUGAUGGAAUUAGGAACCAAGUCAAUUAUGAGCCUGUUGAUUUGAGCCUGAUGCCGGAACGCAGGACUGAAAAGAGUUCAUUUGGAUAUGACCCUGCUCUUGAUUAUGAAAUGCAGGUUUAUGGUGAAGGUGAAGAUUCUAGUUCAAAGGAGAAAAGGGAAAAAAAAGAAAUCAACGUCAAGGGAGGGUCAAGGAAAUCUGAGAAGGAUAAGAGGUCAAAGGUUCCUUUGGAUUCUUCAGAUAAGAAAAGAACUGGAGGACCUCUAAGGAAGGGGAAAUUACCAAAGACAAGUACUUUAGAGGAUGCACGUGCACGUGCGGAGAGGUUAAGAUCCUACAAAGCUGAUCUCCAGAAAAUUAAGAAAGAGAAGGAAGAGGCAGAACAAAAGCGCCUUGAAGCAUUAAAGCUGGAGAGGCAAAAGAGAAUUGCAGUGAGAGGCAGCUCCACAUCUGUGAAGUUUUCGGUACUCUCACCGCAAACAAAGGCAUUUCCUACAAAACUUUCUCCAAUUGCUAAUGGAUCAAAGUUCAGUGAUUCAGAACCUGGCUUAUCAUCACCCUUGCAGAGAUCCAAAGUCAGAACUUCACUUGGAUCCAGCGAGUCACGAAAAUCUGCUAAAGCCAAUAAAUCAAGUGACAGUAGCCAGUUGGCAGGGGAUACGUUGAGUAGGUCAGCAUCAUCAUUGUCUGAGCCGAAAAGAGAAAACAAUAUUGUUACACUUGAUUCAAAGGCUUCCAUGGCACGGAUCAGGAGAUUAUCAGAGCCCAAAAAAAUCAGCAACCACCCUGUUACUUCAAUGAAUGUACGAAGUGCUGAAGUAGCUUCAAAGCGAAACCCUGUUACUUCAAUGAAUGUACGAAGUGCUGAAGUAGCUUCAAAGCGAAAGCUUUCUGAAGGGCCUGAGAGGAACAAAAUAUCUGCUAUCGUUAACCUUGAUAAAACUAAGGCUGCAACUCUACCUGAACUGAAGAUUAAAACAACAAAAUCACCUUUAAAUAUAGGUCAUAACAAAUCAGCAGUAAAGGGAACACAUAAAUUGAAUGGAAUAAAGCCUACUGAAUCUUCUGAAAAUGUUGAAGUAUCUGUAAAUGAUCCGGAUACUACAUAUCAUAGUGAUGUAGAGGACAACCCAAUAGUUGAGAAAACUGUUGUGAUGCUCGAGUAUGAGAAGCCAUCUAUUCCUAUUUUACAUUCAUCAGAAGAAAAGAUGGGGCUACAGUGUCAACAUAAUGAUAGUCAUGACACUGGAGAGAAAAGUGGCAUGAUAACUGCAUUUGCUGCCAUACAUACAGUAUCUUCACCCAUGGAUGGAGUUGAUAGAGAUCCCCUACCCAGUGAAGACCAAAAUCAAUCACAUUCUUACGAGGUGAAGAAAGAUUAUUCAGAUGACCCUUCUGGUGCAGCAAACACCAUCUCUGCUGAAAAACCUUAUCAGGCCCCAUAUGCUCGUGUCUCCUCCAUAGAAGACCCUUGCACUGGAAACUCAGAGUACGGUAAUGCACCUACGGCAAGCUCAGAAUUGAUGUCAAGAGUUGAACAAACUACCAGUGCACAUGUUCCUGAUGUUAAAAUCCUCAGGGUAGGCAAGAAUCCAGAAACUUCUGAAAAGACUCGAGUAAAGGAAUCAAAAGGUCUUAGACGGCUUUUAAUGUUUGGAAAGAAGAAUAAUUCUUUAACUGCUCUAGAUCGAAGUGUUGAAUCAGACAGCACAAGUUUUGAGCAGGACGAUAUUGGAGGACGUACUGCUUCUUCGAGUGAAGUUCAUACAUUGAAGAAUCUAAUCUCACAAGAUGGAACACCCACUGCUAGCAAUGCUUCGCAGAAGUCUUCUCGCCAUUUCUCUUUGUUAUCACCCUUUCGGAGCAAGACAAGUGAAAAGAAGCUAGCACAAUGAGGAAAAGAAGCUAACAAUGAUAAUAUCAUUCUUGUUAGAGGUGAAGUGUUGUUUUCGCAGUGACCCUUGUUGACGUGAAAUGUGAUUUUUAUGUUGAAUUGUUUAAAUCUCCUGUUAAUCUGUGUUGAAAUACUCUGGAGAAUACUGGGAUGAAAAAUGAAAAUAGAUCUUUAUAUAUCUGCAAACCGUACUUCAACUGAAUUUUCAAUGAUUUUACGACUCUGUAAUAACUACUUUUGAGUUCCUUGUCGGUCCAUGAAGGUUUGUCUUCUCGUCU